AUCAUCCCCCCCAAUCUCUCGGUAUUGAUUUCCCCCGCACGCGAAUCCCAAGCGCAGCGCGGAGAGCCCGGGCACCGCCGGCGGCUCCCGCCGGUACCGGCACCGCCACCGGCACCGGGACCCGCACCGGGAGCGGCGCUCCAUGGAAGGGCAGCGGGAGCGCCUGAAGUUUGCCCGGAGCGAGGGAUGAGCGAUGGAGGGGCCGAGCCCGGCGGGAGCCCCGUGCUGCUGGCCGAGCCCGCGGCCACCGGGCGGGCCCGGGAGAAGCUGCCGACCCGGGCGGAGCUGGAGAGCGCCCUGCGCGCCGGCGGUGGCGGCGGAGGCAGCGGAGGAGCCGGCGGAGGCUUCAAGGACAUCCCGGGAACGUCGGCGGUCAGCCCCGGCUCCUCCAAGCAGUGCGCCCCGGACACCGAGAGCCCGUCGGGGACCGGCGAGGCGGAUUACUGCCGCCGCAUCCUGGUGCGAGAUGCCAAAGGGACGAUCCGGGAGAUCGUGCUGCCCAAGGGGCUGGACCUGGACCGGCCCAAGCGGACGCGGACGUCCUUCACGGCGGAGCAGCUCUACCGCCUGGAGCUGGAGUUCCAGCGCUGCCAGUACGUGGUGGGCCGGGAACGGACGGAGUUAGCGCGGCAGCUCAACCUCUCCGAGACACAGGUCAAGGUGUGGUUCCAGAACCGCCGCACGAAGCAGAAGAAGGACCAGAGCAGGGACUCUGAGAAACGCUCCUCCAGCACCUCCGAGUCCUUCGCCACCUGCAACAUCCUGCGGCUGCUGGAGCAAGGCCGCCUGCUGUCCGUGCCGGCCCCCCCGAGCCUCCUGUCCCCCACCUCCAACCCGGUCCCCAGCCCCGUGGGGAGCGCUGCUGGCCCCGGUUUGGCCACUGCCGGCCCCGGUUUGGCCACUGCUGGCCCCGCGUCGCCGGGGCUGGGAGGUGGCAGCAGCCCCCCAAAACCGGCGCCUUUCAGCCUGCACGUCCCGUCUCUCGCUGCUUCCUCCUCCUCAUCCUCAUCAUCCUCGCCGUCGCCGCGGCUGCCGGGGAGGCCGCUGUGUUUCGGGGGGCCGCUGCUGGGCAGCCUGCACGAUCUGCCCGGUGCUUACGGACCGGGCGCGUCCGCGUUCGAGCCUUACACGCGCCUGGAGAGGAAGGACAAUUCUAUACCCAGCAAGAAGCCGAGCCCUUAAAACAUCCCCCCAAUCCCGCCUCCCAAAAAAAAAAAAAAACGACAAAACAAAACAGUGUCAAAAAGUGUCACCUCCCCGCUCCAGCCCCCCAACCCGACACUGUCCCCUGUCCAUCCCCGGCCGGUGGAGUCGCGGAUGUCACCAGGGUUGAGCUGGUGACACUCGGGGUUCGCUCAAAUUCCCGCUGGAGGGGACAGGAGCAGCCAAGGGGGGUGCUGGUGGCUGUCCCGGGUGUCUCUUAGCGGGCAGGGGACAAAAGGGACAGCGCGCGGUGGCGCCGGGCUCUGUCCCCGCGGUGUCCUCGGAGAAGCGCCGUGCCUCAGUUUCCCCGCCCGCGCCGGGCGGGGGGUCCUGGCUGAGGUCACCGCGGGGAGGAUUGGCCUGGGUGAUGUCCCCAACCUCGUCACUUGUCCCCGUGAUGGGAACAAGCGGCUGCUGCCACCGCUGGGACACCCCCAGGCUCCUCCUUUGGGUCCAUCCCACCCUGCAAACCCCGCAGGGAUCCCCCCGAGGGGCUGUGGGUCACUGUCCCUCCCACCCCGCGGGGUGACAGCUGGGGACAACUGUGACAGUGCCAUCCGCCCCUCUAGGGCGGGGCGGGUCCCACCCAGCGCCCCCAAAUCCUCUCUGGGGUGGCACCGCAGUGACCCCAUCCUGCCACCCGCCACACCGCCCUUGUCACCUGUCACAGCCGGGGUCCCUUCCAGAGCUGUCCCGGGGGGUGACAGGGUGGCCUUGGGGACCGGGGGGCUUGGCACGAGGUGGCCCUUGGGGACAGGGGGAGGGUUGUGGUGUGAGUGUCACCUCGGUGGGACACCCUGGGGUGGCAUCACCUCGGUGUCCUGCGGUGUCACCACCAUUCCAGGACACCUCGGGGUGGCAUCACUUUGUCACCAUGUGAUGGCGUUGCCUUGCCAGGACACUCUGUGGUGACAUCACCAAGUGCCCCACGGUGUCACCACCACGCCAGGACACUCUGAGGUGACACCACCCCUCAGUGCCACCCCCGUGCUGUCCCCACUGUCCCGGCUGUGACAGGACCUUGGGGACACCCCCAGCGCCCUCCCCGCACCCCCAAACCCGCUGCUGUUGAUUAAUUCAUCAAUUAAUUCAUAAUGAUCAUUAACACUGAGCAUCCCCCUAUGGGGACACACCCCCCGGGCCCGCGAAUUCCCAGGAUUUUGCAGGGAAAUAUUUAAAAUAAAUGAUUUUAUGAGAAACUU